GCGCAGCCGAUCAUCAAAACCUAAAACCUCAGCAACUCGCUUACAAAAUAAGCGGGUUUUGGUGGCGAGAGCUGCUGUCUGUAUUAUUCAACAAUUAGGGACGCGGGCGCCCUUUCGAUUUGGUUAAUGACAGAUAUAUCGACAAUAUCAGACACCGGAUACCACUGCCGAGGAAUUGUUUGAUAUAUUUUGGAAUCAUUAUUUGAGCAGACUGAAAGCAGAAUAAUUAGAAUAUUAUGGCACCAGUCCGUUGGCGGCCAUAGAUCUAGAGCAGAGCGUAUUCUGAGGCCCAUGUCUCUUCUCUGGAAGCCCUAGAACCAGUGUCAUCCUCCUCCUCUUCUGUUGGUGGUGGCUUCCCCUGUAGGACCAUGUCGGCAGCACAGACUCAGAAGGACGGUGAAGGCCCCUGGGGACUGGAUUCCCUGGGCCUGAGCCAGAGAGAGUUGGUAAUGGCUGAAGCUCUACAGAUGGAGUAUGAUGCCCUGUCAAGACUUAAACAGGACAAGGGUGGGGACAGCCAGGGGACCAGCUGCCAGGGGGUUGGGAAGUUACCUAUGCUACCCCCUAGGGAGGGCCAGAGCCAGAUCGAUCGCCCCCUCCCACCCUGCCCCAGCCCUCUUCCUCCAGGAGGGAGUUUGCUAAGAGGGCUGUCUGGUUCGGACCCAUUCCUCAACCACCUUCAGCCUGGGGGGUCCCACUCCCCACGUCCCUCCCCAGCCAGAGCCACUCCUCCUCUGGGAAGCUACAGCAAAGAGCCCCUCUAUAUCCUGGAGAGUUCAGGGAAGGGGGACUACCUGAACUCCAGCUAUGGGCACUCAGGGUCUAGCUAUGGUUCUCCUCUGACUCUGCUUAAAGGCUUCCCCCCUCCUCCGGAUGACCCUCCUCCUGCUGUACCCCCAAGGACCCCUCUACCCCCCUCCACUGAGCCCUUCCCACCCUCCCGACGCACUGUGGUGCCCCGGGAUGUCAACCUGUUCACCCCUGAGGUAGACCAGCCCAAACUGUCGUCAGGGGAGAUGCACAACUACGAGAGCCUCAACGAUGCCCUCUCCAAGCUCAAUGGGGAUUGGCUGGCGCCAAGGGGUAGGCGGGCCAACGGGGACCAAUCAGGGAAGCCGGUGGCUCGGAGUAAGACUCCCCCUCAGGUGCCCCCCCGCACUUACGUACCUAUCCAGAAGAGCAACAAGAACCAGCGCAGAGUGUCGGCCGACCCGGUGUCUCUGGCCCCCAGGAUUAAUGGUUUCGGCUAUGAGCUCUUCCAGGUGUCAGAGGAAAGAGAUGAGGAGGUGGCCGCCUUCUGUCACAUGCUCGACGUGUUGCGGUCGGCGUAUCCAAGCAGCGACCCCUCUAACAACUCUGGGUUUGUGUGGUCGCCUUCAGUGGGGCCUGAAGAGUUGCAACAGGGGUUAGGGGUCAGCGUCAAAGUUACGGUCAUCAGCGACCACAUCAGAGAACCACUCACCUUCACCUGUGAUGGGUCAUCUACAGUGGACUUGUUGAUCUACCAGACGUUGUGUUAUGCUAAUGAGGACCUGGACCACAUCGACGUCGACCACUACCUGCUCAAGGUCUGCGGUCAAGCUGAGUUCCUAGAGAAUUCCCAGACGUUGGCAGAGUUGGAGUAUAUCCAGCUGUGUCUGAAGUUUGACUGGGACAUCCGUCUUUUCCUUACCAAGAGAGGCUCUAUCAACACAGAACUGGGCCGCACGGAUGAUGAUGAUGACACGCCCUCUACGAUGAACCACGGCAUUCUGCUGCAGGAACGACCAAUCAGACAGACCGUUACUAGAGAGGCUUUGACUCUGCUUCUGGAUACCUUUCACAACGAGGCUGAGUCCUUUCUACUAUCAGAGGUGGAGCUUGUGUUGCAUGUGGAACGGUUGGUCCAAUCAGUGAAGGCUCUCUGCAGCUCGCUGGCUGCUGUGGAAACGCCUGACAUCACUUCCGCCCUCAACCAGCUCCCAGCAUGCCCCUGUCGUCUGCAGCCUAGAGUCCAGAAGGAUCCGUCACUGCUGGCCAUCAAAGAGAACAGAGAGAAAGUGGUGGAGAAGCUGACGGCAGCCAUUUUGGAUCUGGUGGAGCUGUACUGUAGCACGUUCAAUGCUAACUUCCACACCACGGUGCAGAGCAACCGGCACACGUCACCCACACAGGAAGCAGGCCUGGUCACUAACGUCCUGUCUUUCAGCGUCUACGCUGCACAUCGCAUCCCCAUCACAUGGGCUGCCAGCUACGAGGGCUUCUUCCUGUCAUGCUCUCUGACCCAUGGAGGGGCGGAACUUUGUGCCCCGCAGCACACCAGCAAACAGCAGGUCAGCAAGUACCUGUUUCACCUGGUGGUCUGGGACCAGAGGGUGUGUUUCCCAGUGCAGAUUAACCAGUUGCCAAGGGAGACCCAGUUGACGGUGACUCUGUAUGCCAGCGCUCUACCACCCCCUGGAGGUGCGGAGGAGAAGGGCAGCAAGCAGCGGAGGAGCAUCGACUCUCUGGGCUGGGUCACCAUGCCCCUCUUCAACUUCAGACACAUCCUGACGUGUGGGAGGAAGCUACUGGGUCUGUGGCCUUCCACCCCAGGAACUAACACUCGCUCCAGCUCCCCCAACUUCAGCCAGCCUGACAGCGUCAUCCUGCAGGUGGACUUUCCCACGUCGUCGUUUGAGGUGCGCUUUAGCACCCCCCCUCCCGCAGAGUUCAGUCCCCAGUAUGACUUCUCCAGACUCGACCAGCACAGCCAGAGACAACUGCAGGAUGUACUGCACAAGAAAUCACUCUUCUGGUUGACUCCAGAGGACAAGCGUCUGUUGUGGGAGAAACGUUCGUUCUGCCAGUCAGAGAGUGGUGCCCUGCCCCUGGUGCUGGCUAGUGCCCCCCGCUGGGAGUGGGCAUGCCUGUCAGAUAUCUAUGCCCUGCUCCGCCAGUGGGCAUGUCUCAACCACCACGACGCACUGGGCCUUCUGCAUGCCACCUUCCCUGAUCAGGAGCUGAGGCGUACUGCAGUACAGUGGAUGGACACCAUCUCUGACCCUGAGUUGCUGGACUUCCUGCCGCAGCUGGUGCAGGCUCUGAAAUAUGAGUGUUACCUUGAUAGCCCGUUGGUACGUUUCCUGCUACGGAGAGCCAUAGGGGACAUGCGCAUCGCACACUACCUCUUCUGGUUGUUGAAGGACACUCUGCAGGACAGUCAGUUCAGUGGGAGGUACCAGCACCUGUUAGCAGGCCUGCUGUGCUGUGUGGGUCGGGGUCUCAGGGAGGAGUUUGACAGGCAGUGCUGGCUGGUCACCAUCCUGGCUAAAGUAGCCCAACGUGUCCGGGACACCUCUCCCUCCAGCAGACAGGCCAUCCUUCGGGAGGGACUGGAGGAGGUCAGGCAGUUCUUCUCAGUCAGCAGCAGCUGCCGUCUCCCCCUCAACCCUGGCAUGCUGGUCAAAGCCGUCAACAUACAGUCGUGUUCCUACUUCAACUCCAAUGCCGUGCCCCUCAAACUGUCCUUCCAGAACCUGGACCCUCGAGGAGACAACAUCAACGUCAUCUUCAAGUCAGGUGAUGACCUGCGCCAGGACAUGCUGACCUUGCAGAUCAUCCGCAUCAUGAACAAGAUCUGGAUCCAGGAGGGACUGGACAUGAGGAUGGUCAUCUUCAGAUGCUUCUCUACUGGACGAGGCAGAGGUAUGGUGGAGAUGAUUCCCCAGGCUGAGACUCUGAGGAAGAUCCAGGGGGAACAUGGAGUGACUGGUUCCUUUAAGGACCGCCCCCUGGCUGACUGGCUACAGAAACACAACCCUACAGAGGACGAGUACGAGAAGGCUGUGGAGAACUUCAUUUACUCGUGCGCAGGCUGCUGCGUGGCCACCUACAUCCUGGGUAUCUGUGACCGCCACAACGACAACAUCAUGCUGAAGACCAGCGGUCACAUGUUCCACAUCGACUUCGGCAAGUUCCUGGGACAUGCACAAAUGUUUGGCAACAUCAAACGGGACCGUGCUCCGUUUGUGUUCACCUCUGACAUGGCCUACGUCAUCAACGGAGGAGACAAACCUUCCAGUCGCUUCCAUGACUUUGUGGACCUGUGCUGUGAGGCCUACAACCUCAUCCGCAAACACGCACACCUCUUCCUCAACCUACUGGGACUGAUGUUGUCCUGUGGCAUCCCUGAGCUGUCCGACCUGGAUGAUCUGAAGUACGUCUACGACGCGCUGAGACCUCACGAGUCUGAGGCUGACGCCACCAUGUACUUCACCAGGUUGAUAGAGUCCAGUCUGGGCAGUGUUGCCACUAAGUUGAACUUCUUCAUCCAUAACUUGGCUCAGAUGAAGUUUGCCUCAUCCGAGGAGCGUCCUGUGCUCUCCUUCGCCCCACGGGUUUACACCCUCAAGACUGACGGACUCAUCCGCAACCUCUUUGUCUGCCGACACAUACGAACCUACAGCCCCAGCAAAGGAUACGCGUUUGUGGUGAAGGUGGAGCGGGAAGGCCAGCAGGGGUCAGUGUUGGUCCAGAGGAGCUUUGAGGAGUUCUAUGAACUACACAGUAAACUACGCCUCAUCUUCCCCUCAUCCAAACUACCCAGUUUCCCCAGCCGCUUUUUGAUUGGGCGGUCUCGAGGAGAGGCGAUGGCUGACAGGAGGAAAGACGAGCUGAACGGAUACGUCUGGCAUCUGGUGCAUGCUGCGCCAGAGGUCGCCCAGUGUGACCUCAUCUACACUUUCUUCCAUCCUCUGCAAAGAGAUGAGAAACCUGGAACAGUGGUGAACACACUGCAGAGCAAACCUGCAGAGAUCUGUUGGGGUCCAGUCUCAGGCAAAGUGGUAGGAGAGGUCAAGCUCUCCAUCUCCUAUAAGAGUGACAAGCUCUUCAUCAUGGUCAUGCACAUACGAGGCCUGCAACCCUUGCAGGAUGGGACAGACCCUGACCCCUACGUCAAGCUGUACCUUCUCCCAGACCCCCAGAAAACCGGCAAGAGGAAGACCAAGGCUGCGAGACGCACCUGCAACCCCACCUACAAUGAGAUGCUGGUGUAUGACCGUAUCCCUCGCGGGGACCUGCAGCAGAGGGUGAUCCACCUGCGGGUGCUGGGGGAGGGUGCGUUCUGGGAAAACACCCUGCUGGGCGAGGCCUUCAUCCCCCUGAAGACCCUGACAGCCGGGCAGUGCUGGGCAGACUGGCACCAGCUGGGCACGCCCAGCACCGACUCCACACGUUGAGAAUGAGAGUCGGAGGUGGAGGGUGAGAGGGAGAGAGGAACGACUGAUCAGGUUGUGCGUGCACACAGGUGUACGUGAGUGCGUUCAGUUGUUAUGGUCAGAGUUGUCCAGCUUCUCGGGCUGGUUUAUUCCCCCAGUGGGGGUGUGUGUGGACCCGUAUCCUGCCCAGGUGGGAUGUGUGUGUCCUAUGUAGGUUUGAGGUGUGUUUGUGUGUCUGUAGACUCAUUGACUCAUUCGCUACCGAGUGGCGCAGCUGUCUAAGGCACUGCAUCUGAGUGCAAGAGGCGUCACUAUGGUCCCUGGUUUGAAUCCAGGCUUGUAUCACAUCCGGCCAUGAUUGAGAGACCCAUAGGGCGGCGCGCAGUUGGCCCAGCAUUGGCCGGGUUUGUCCGGGGUAGGCCAUCAUUGUAAAUAAGAAUUUGUCCUUAACUGACUUGCCUAGUUAAAUGAAGGUUCAAUUUAAAAAAUAUAUAUAAUUGACGGUCAAUCGUCACUGGACACUGUAUCCAUGGGACUGUACUGGACUGUAUGGACCUACUUUAAGACUCUCUGAUCACCAUAAGAAGGGAUAACUGGGGCAUGUGAAGAUAACCAGUCUGUUCUUCUCAGUGACUCUGACUUCCAGAAGACUUUUUUCUGGUAACAACAUGGCCUCCCGAAGACCAGGAAGCACAGGGGACCAGUGGGAGGAAAGCAGAGGGCAUUGUUACUCUGUGAAAACAUGGACCGCUUCUUUCCCCUUCAUCUAGGGCCAACGGAGAGACGUCCAUCUUACCGCCUGGCGGAAAAUACUUUGAAACGGGUCUGGUCCCCUCCAAAGUCCUGUCUUUUAAAAGACAACCGUAAGUUAUUUAUUUUUCAAGCGUUACCCUUCUGUUAGUGCCGCUCCAUUUCGAGCUCUGUUUGGUUGUGUGUGUGUGUGUGUGUGUGUGUGUGUGUGUGUGUGUGUGUGUGUGUGUGUGUGUAAAUGAUUUUGAUUUCUGUGUGUACCCCAGAUUUAUGCAGAUCGUGAUAUGUGAAUUAUGUUGGAUCCAGUCUUUCUGAUUUGAGAGAGAGAGAGAGAGAGAGAGAGGGCGUAGAUGCUUUUGUGUCAUUGUGGGGUAGAGAUGUACAGUACCAACCGGACCUGCCUAUGGUUUGGGUCCUCCCUAACACAUUUUAAAGACUCACGUGACUUUCGUCCACUCAGCCUGAUUCAGUAGCUCCUCUGCAUUAGAACUUGUUAGAGUGUGCGCUGGUUUGGGGGUGUGUGUGUGUGUGUGUUUUGUGUCUCCCAUUGUUGACUAGCUGUUGUAAUCCAAGCCUUACCUACGCUUCAUUUCGCCGUUUGAUGAUAAUUGACACAGGUCGCUAAUCAAAUUUUAAAUGUAGUACUGUGCGUUGACAUAACAAUGUUGUCUUCAUGGGAGAAUCCUCAAAUCUCAAACGUUUGUUCAAAAAUGUUUCUUAUAUCAACGCCUUUAGAAUAUUUUUUCGUUGUCGUUGCAUGAGUGCUUCUACGUCUACGUCUACGUGGGGAAAAUCAGACGAUUAGCUGGCGUCACGGAUAAACUGCCUGAGCAAAGAAAUGCUCUUUCGGACACUAAACUCUCACGCCAUUCCGACUGUAUGUAGUGGAAAUGUUUUCACUUGGUUUUAUUUCUCAUGCAUUUUGAACUUACAUUUGACUUUCGUGGCUAUUUCAAACGACAAAGUGAUCCUGUUCAUGUGUUAUACAGUACUGUAGCUAUAAGAGAGGGGGGACGGACGGACGGAACAGUGACAGAAGUGCUGACGAAGCAAAUCAAGGUUUUGACUACGUGCCCAUUGCUCAACUCAUUUGUGUCUUUCCUCGGGAGAUACUCAGUGAUUUGAUAGUUUGCCAUUUUUGCCAUUGAUAUCUCGCUCUCAUUUUCUUGUGUAAGAGCUGGACACACUGUCCUUGUUUCACUGGCAGACAGACACUGUGACCUUUCGCAAUGCAAAAUGUCCGCUUUCAGUGGGAAAAUCUGCUUGUGGGCAGAGUUGUUGCUAUUGAGAGGGGAAUAUCAAGGUUAACUCAUGAAUUGAGCAAGAAGGGUUGACCGGUAAAAAUAUAUAUAUAUAAAUAACUAGGACAAGGUUAAUUCCUGGUCAGGAAAAAACAACACCUAGUGAAAUAUGGUUAAUCGGUGAAGGAAGUUUCUAUAACUAUCGGUAAGAUAAGGACGUCUUGGUGUCCGAUGUUUUCAGAUCACAAUACAAUUACAGACGAAUACAGGUUAAGGCUGGCUUUCUAAGGUGUUGAAAUGUAACGCGUAUUUGUUUGGAUCAUUAAACAUACCCGCAUCCAUUGCUAGGAAUAUUUAGAUGCUAUUUGUUUUGGUUUGGUUGCAUAGGCUUUGACAUAACAUACAAUUCACCAGCCCUGUUUUAAAAGCAUUGAUCUUUUUUCAACAUCUCUGAAAAUGUUUCUUCAUUCAUGAAGAGUAGCUACAUCGCUGUUUUAGAAACAAGGGUAGACAGUUUGAACAGGUGUGUGUUAGAAAUGACAAGAGGAGCUCUUCAACUAAAGGUUAGCCUAUCUCAGGCUGAAGUGCAAGUAAUCACACAGGACCAGCAUGCUUAACCCCAACCAACCAGUUUAACCACUGCUCUCAUUCAAAAAACACAACACUUUAUUUGACUGCCCUUUGAAUGUGUCUGAGGGAUAUUUACAUAUUUUGUUUCGUUUCCAGAACAGGAAGAAUAUUCCCUGGGGGUGUUUCACUACAGUCUGAAUGGCUAUACUGUGGCUAUAGGCUCUUAGUGUGACAUUUUUAAAUGAUUGAAAGAUGACUUUCUCCAUAUUGAGUGUUGGUAUUUGUUGUGUGCUAAAAGACUGAUGACCGAUAUUAAAGUGAUUUUAAUUGUUUUUUUUUUCUUUUGACAGUUGUACCACUUUGGGGGAAAGGAGGGACACCAUAUGGCUUCCUCCUCCAUGUCUCUUUUACUUUCUGG